CCACACCAAGCUGGCAAUAAUCCAUCAAUCGCUACCCCUCCUCGCUCGCCAGUUGGUUGCCGGUCUCUGUCGCGCGAGGAAUGGCUGCCGCGGAGACGUCGAGCGGCGGCGGCGAAGUCCACGUACCGAUCCCGCCCAUGGUGGCCACCACCUCAGACGUGAUACGCGAGAGCUCGGCGGCGCCGAGCCCGUUCCGCAGCCGCGGUAACACCCCGCCGCGGCAGCUGAAGCAGGCGGCCCCGGUGGCAGCGGUAGCUGAAGCUGACACGCCGGCGACGGCCAUGGACAAGACGCUGGCGAGCGUGGCCAACCUCGCGAAGCUGCUGCCGACGGGCACCGCGCUGGCGUUCCAGUCGCUGUCCCCGUCCUUCACCAACCGGGGCGCGUGCCUCCCCUCCAACCGGUACCUCACCGCCGCGCUGCUCUACCUCUGCCUCCUCUCCUGCGUCUUCUUCUCCUUCACCGACAGCUUCGUCGGCAGUGACGGCAAGCUCUACUACGGCGUCGCCACGGUCAAGGGCUUCCUCGUGUUCAACUACACCGGCGACGACGACGAGGGCGACGCCGAGCGACGGAGGCAGGUGUUCAAGAACCUCCGCAGGCUGAGGAUACGGUGGGUGGACUACGUGCACGCCGUGUUCUCUGCCGUGGUGUUCCUGACGGUGGCGUUCAGCACCGUCUCCGUGCAGAGCUGCUUCUUCCCCGACGCGAGCGAGAACGUGAACCAAAUGCUCACCAAUCUGCCUCUCGGCGCCGGCUUCUUCUCCGCCAUGGUGUUCCUUGUUUUCCCGACGACACGGAAGGGAAUCGAUUACACCGGGCCAUUCACUAAUAAUGUUUAGCAACGCACGCUUGGAUUGUAUUUUUACUGCAGUGAAUCUGUGUGCAGAGAGAAAACUUUGGUCCUGUUAGAUAAAUUGAUGCACAACAUUUAUGUAAUCUUAGUUCUAAAGAAGUCUAGGCAGGUCAGGUAGGGAAAAAGCUUGAUCAUAGGCGUGCAUGAUCAAGACUCAGCCGGAGUCCGUUAGGUUCACGUCACGGUGUUCAGAGCGCGUGUAGCGCACGCCGCAGGGAAACAGUGUUGCGAUCUGUGCACAGCGUGGCGUGGAGGGUUUGGAGUCUGUAAACCUCGAGCAUACCUAUAAAUAUAUGGAACAUAAGGCCAAAGGAGCUGCGGUUGUUGGCAGCGUCCAAAA